CUUUUCUCUACGUCAAUGUUAUGUUGCCACGAGUAUGUAUGUGGUCCUACAGAGUAAAAGGUUAUUUAAGAUGUUGGCUAUAUUGCUCGUGGGAUCAAUAAGAAAGCUAAGAUGCUGAGAAUUUUUGUUAUGAGAGAUAUUAAUGUAAUCUUGGUACUGCAAUUUUGCCACAUGGGUGUUAUCUUAUGCGUGAACCUUGAUUGGAACAAUUCUAGUUGGACGGGGCUUGCUUCAGCAUAUGAGGCGUGUCCAUCUGCGUACAAUGAACAUUUAGUUGUCUUUCUUUUCAAGAAUGGUGCCGCAUCUUUGCUUCUUUUUCUAGUUUCUGAUCAUGAAGUCAUGCAGCAAAAAGGUUCCUUUUCCAAGUCGGAAAGUUGUAAAGCAAUUCUGUUUCUUCCAUUCUUGCUUUUGGUGAAUCCAAUCAAUCUCUCAAGUGGCCAUAUAUGAUUGUUUUGGAGUAAAUAGGAGACUCCACUGAUUUCUUUCAAGUUUUCUCAGUUUGCUUGCACUUUCUGAGGAAUCCUUUACCCGGAGGAGGUUUUUAUUGUGUCCAUGCUGGCAGAGAGCAUGCGUGGAUUCUUUGCUUUGGGUAAUGCCCCUGACGAGAUUUAUUGCUGAUGCACUUGAUGUGGUGACAAUUUGUCUUGUCGCUGUGUUUGUCCUUCUGGGUUUGUUUUGUCUUGUACAUUUGUUCUACUUCCGCAAUGAGAUCCGCAGUCAAGGUCUUGUCCAGCUUAAUUUUUUCAAUGGUCCUUGGAUUAUCAGAAUUACAUACAUCUUUUUUGCUGGCUGGUGGGGCAUUGGUGAGAUUAUUCGGUUGAAUCUAUUGAGACGCAAAGGAAGAAUCUUGCAUGCCCUCAGUUUGAAAUGGCAGGAAAAUGUUUGCAAAUGCUACAUUGUCUCCAACCUGGGAUUUGCAGAACCAUGCCUGUUUCUCACCCUCAUUUUUCUUCUUCGUGCAUCGUUACAGAGGUCCGGAACUUUAAGUCAGAAUUGGAACUCGAAGACAGCUGGUUUUGUUCUUCUUUUUUGCUUCCCGAUGGUGAUUCUUCAACUUGUAAUUAUUUUAAUUGCACCGAGGUAUAAGGACAAACACAUCCUGAACCUGCCUUCUUCUUUCAUGAAUGCGGCUACUUCUUCCCAUACAAAGGACGAUGAUGUUGCCCUCUGCACUUACCCAUUAUUGAGUACCAUCUUUCUUGGUCUUUUUGCUACUGUGCUAACUGCCUAUAUGUUCUGGCUAGGAAGGCGAAUUCUUCACUUGGUCAUCAAUAAGGGUCUGCAAAGGAGAGUGUAUACAUUAAUCUUUUCUAUUUCUGGUUUUUUUCCGUUACGAGUUCUUCUGCUUGGUUUGUCUGUCCUAUCUAGGCCCGAGAAGGUUGUGUUUGAUGCCAUUGUAUUCUUGGCUUUUCUAUCCCUUUUAUGCUGUGCCUGUGUUGGUAUCUGCAUGCUGGUCUACCUCCCGAUUGCAGAUUCUCUAGCUUUGAGGAAUCUGCAUAAAGACACAGAAGCUAGGACCGAUGGUGAUGAGUGCAACGACUCCGCAUCACUAAUACCUAAUCAGAGCCCUGCUGAAGGUGGAAGUACCAUGAGUAGUCCCACACGGAACUCAUCUGCUUCAUCAAACCGUGGAUCAAUUUCUUUCCGGACAAAGGAAAAAGACAACGCAUCUGGAGCAGGUUUCGUGGAACUGAGCCUCUUCACACCAAGCCAGCACUCUUCACCACCUGGGUCACCUAGACUUCUUGGCUGGCCGAUGAUCUCGCCCGCACAAGGUCAGGAACCCUAAACCCUUCUGCUGAUGAUGAAAGGCCAUGGUAACAGACGUUUUUGUGGUGGGAACUCACUGUUUGUAUAGGAAUUACUUAGCAUAUUUUAAUAAGGAUUGCUAAUUUUGUUUCUCUUUUUCCCCCCUUGUUUUUGGGUAUUGAGAUGUAGUGGGUUUGCUUGUUAUCCACCUCAUUUUUUUCCUGGUGGCACUUUGAUUCUGUAUCUCUUAAAUUUCAGCCUCUUAUGACAAUUUUACAGCUUGCUACUCGAUCAA